AGACGGAGUCGCAGGCGGGUGGCGGCGGCUGUGCUUGGUAGUGAGGGCGGGAGGGAGUGAGUCACUGAGCGUGUGUGAGGGAGGGAAGGAGCAAGCGGGCGAGCGAGCAGCCCGCGCCGUUCGCCCGCAGCUCCAGCCAGGCCCCGCCGCCGCCCCGCAGCCCAGCGCCGAGGCCGGGCCGAGCCGAGCUGGGUCGGGCCCGGGCCAUGCUGCUCACCGUGUACUGUGUGCGGAGGGACCUCUCCGAGGUGACCUUUUCCCUCCAGGUCGACGCCGACUUCGAGCUGCACAACUUCCGCGCGCUGUGCGAGCUCGAGUCCGGCAUCCCCGCAGCCGAGAGCCAGAUUGUCUAUGCUGAAAGACCACUCACAGACAACCACAGAUCGCUGGCUUCCUACGGCUUGAAAGAUGGGGACGUUGUGAUUUUACGACAGAAGGAGAACGCCGACCCUCGACCUCCAGUGCAGUUCCCAAACUUACCCCGAAUAGACUUCCGUAGUAUAGCCGUGCCUGGCACGUCAGUCUCCCGGCAGCGCCAGCCACCAGGAGCACAGCAGUCCCACUCAUCUCCUGGAGACAUAGCUUCAUCUCCUCAGGGCUUGGACAAUCCAGCCUUGCUCCGAGACAUGUUACUGGCCAACCCCCAUGAGCUGUCCUUGCUGAAGGAACGCAAUCCGCCCCUGGCAGAUGCUCUGCUCAGUGGAGACCUUGAGAAAUUUUCUAGGGUCCUGGUGGAGCAGCAGCAGGACCGAGCCCGGAGAGAGCAAGAAAGGAUUCGUCUCUUUUCUGCUGACCCUUUUGAUCUUGAAGCUCAGGCAAAAAUAGAAGAAGAUAUAAGGCAACAGAACAUUGAGGAAAACAUGACAAUAGCUAUGGAAGAAGCUCCUGAAAGUUUUGGUCAAGUGGUGAUGCUUUAUAUUAACUGCAAAGUGAAUGGACAUCCUGUGAAAGCCUUUGUUGACUCAGGUGCCCAGAUGACUAUUAUGAGCCAAGCUUGUGCAGAAAGGUGUAAUAUAAUGAGGCUGGUGGACCGUCGGUGGGCAGGGAUCGCCAAAGGAGUGGGCACUCAGAAGAUUAUUGGAAGGGUACAUCUAGCUCAGGUUCAGAUUGAAGGAGAUUUCCUGGCGUGUUCUUUCUCUAUACUUGAGGAACAGCCCAUGGACAUGCUUCUGGGACUGGACAUGCUGAAGCGGCAUCAGUGUUCCAUUGACCUCAAGAAAAAUGUGCUCGUGAUCGGCACCACAGGCUCUCAGACCACCUUCCUUCCCGAGGGAGAGUUACCAGAGUGUGCCCGGUUGGCAUACGGGGCUGGGCGAGAGGACGUGCGGCCGGAGGAGAUUGCAGACCAGGAAUUGGCAGAAGCUCUUCAGAAGUCCGUAGAGGAUGCAGAGCGUCAGAAGCCAUGAUGCAUGUAGUGUGUGUGUACUGCAGCUGGAGUGGGCCCCAGACCAGAGAAAAGCGGUAAAGAAACUACCUCACUGGGAAUGUCAUCAUUACCAACUUCAAAUGGAUUUAACCAUCCAGCCCAUCCUUCAGGACAGAGUCCUGAGAUUGGUAAUCCUAUGAGUCUUGCUCACUCUGUCUCUGCUUCAGUCUGCCCUAUCAAGCCCAGUGACCCCGACAGCAUCGAACCUAAAGCUGUGAAGGCUUUGAAGGCUUCAGCUGAAUUCCAGAUAACCUCUGAAAAGAAAGAACAUCUUCCUCUGCAGGAUCUUUCUGAUAGUGCUUCUUCAGCAGACAGUGCUCCAGCAGACCAGAGUCCAGCCAUGCCUUUGCAGAAUUCCUCUGAAGAAGCCAUUGUUGCCGAUAAUAUGGAGAAAUCUGCUGAAAGAAGCACCCAGGGCCUCAGAUCUCAUCUCCACACAAGACAGCAAGCUAGUGUAUCUGUCACAACUACUAGGGUGCAAGAACCAGCGGGGUUUCUAGGUGAAAAGGGUUGGCAUCCAGAAAAUCAGAACCUGCGUCAGGUGAAUGGCCUUCAGCAGCACAAAGAACCAGGGAAUGAACAGCACGGGGUUGGACAACAGAAUGCUCUAAAUGACCGAGAACAUCUCUGUAACACAGAGGACUUUGAACUUCUUGGAGAAAGGCAACAGAAUCAACAAAGAAGUGUUGAUUUGGAAUCGACAAUGAAAGAAGACAGGCUACAACAGAAUGUGGACCUUCCAGGUACAGAGGAAAAUACUCUACCUUCAGGAUGCUUUGGCUGCUCAAACUCAGAAACACUUAUGGAAGUAGAUACAGUUGAAGAGUCCCUAGUUGCUGUGCUUAAUUCAGCAGAUGGUCAGCAUGCCAGUGUCAAGAACAUCGGUGCAUCUGCUCUCACCUUAGAUAGUCCCUUGAUGGAAGUAGAAACAUCAAAAUGUAACCCUUCGUCUGAAAUUUUGAGUAAUUCAGUUUGCACUCAGGAUUUACAGCUCCCAGACAGUAAUGUUGAAAUGUCUGGAACAAGUAAAGAAGAUGGGGAUUGCUCCCCCUCUUUAAGUCUUUGUGGCAGUUCUCAGCCCUCUGUGGAGUCAGCAGAGGAAUCUUGCUCAUCUUUAACAGCAGCCUUGAAGGAACUCCAUGAACUUCUGGUCAUUAGUAGUAAACCAGCUUCAGAAAAUAUAUCUGGGGAAGUUAUCUGUCAGUCGGAAAUGGUAACUGAGGGCCCAACAGUUAUUAAGGACCUUUCUG